UGAACGCACCACAUGACUAACGUGUCCCAUGAUGCAUUACGGCGACCAGUUGCGACUUUCAAAUGUGUGCAUGAAGAUUCGAGAUCACCCGAAAAACAUUUGAAAACCUGCUUUUUAACAAAUCACCACAGUCGACAACAGUGUUAACAUAUUAGUAAUGAAGCAGCCAUCGCCGCCUACAAAAAACAAAGCUGAGGAAAUCGAUAAGACGACGGCUAUAGCGAUGCUAAAUGUUCCCGAGGAUUCAACAUGUCGUGGUUCCGCCGAAGAAAACACACAGGAGGGACAUUGCAGCGUGACCGCCAGUCCUAAGCAUUGCAAAACAGCUGAGAGUGACUCAGAGAUGUCGAGAAGAGCAAAGGAGGAAGGCUGCGUGAAUGUAGUCUUCCCGGGAACUGUGACUAAGGAAGGCUGCUGCCGUUUUGUCAGCGAGGUCCUCAAAUUUAUUUUAUAUCAGAGACAACAACUGCCCAUGACCUUUGACCAACUGGUGUACUCUCAGAGGAAACAACAAGAUAAAUCGGAUGAAGCUGUCGUGAGUCAGAAGCAAGUUCAUCAGGCUAAUUUAAACAGGCGAAAGUGUCAAAAGACGCUGCAGGCCGUGGAGGAGGUGCUACAGCAGCUGGAAGUGCUCUUCUCCAUGAGCCAUGUCCCCCGAGUGCUGCUGCUCAUAGGUGGCUCAGUCAUCCUCCCCAAGGAGAUCUACGAGAUCAACAUGGAGAAUCUGGUAUUGGACGGGGGGGGUCACUGCCUCCGUGUGUCGACGUGCUUAAGACAUCUCUUCCGCUCGCUCUUUGUCGCGGACUUCUUGUCUGACAGCGGCCCCGUGCGUUUAACCACAUCCAGAGUCUUAGCGCUGGCCCACAGGGACUGCGGGGUGGGUUGGUUCCACCCUAAACUGCACUUUAAACUGCCAAAAUGUGUGAAAAAUCAAAUCAUUGCACUUUCGAGUGAUCCAUGCAGCUGCGGCAACACUAACAUGGACUGUCAGGACUAUGUUUGGUUUCAAGCACCCACAGCCAUCAAUGGCUUUUCUCUCUAAAAAAAAAAGGGGUAUUAUUUGUGCUGCUUUUUAAACUGGAGGAAUUUUAAAUAUUUAAGAAUUAACGUAUUUGUACGUACAGUAUAUAGUUUUAAAAAUUUGUUUGAAUGAUUUCAUGGUCAACUUCAAGUUGCAUCAUGUAUAAAAACUAAUUCUUACUUGAAAUCUGUCUAAUGCUGACUUUUCUGCUAUCGAAACAUUAAGCUGUCCUUAGUAUGCAUCAUUUAUUUAAUAAUAAUUGUUUUUGUCAGUGAAUGGGCUAAAAAAUACCAGAAAAGGCUAAUAUCAUUAAUUUGAAAUACUGGCAUAUGUGUGACUAUUCCUCCACGAUCACAGAGCAUUAUCAUCUUCACAUUUCAGUAUUUCUGUCUCUGCAAAUUGACCAAACCUGUUCACAAGUACUUAAAUUAUGAUAAAUAUAGCUAGCACAGCAAUAGUCCAUUUCAGUUUUUCUGUUAUGUAUUUACCUAAUGAUUCAACUUUAUUCAUAAAGAAUACAUAUAUACAACAGUAUAUGUUCACAUUGCACCUAAAAUCAUAGAAGGGAAAAGUUUACAUUGCACAUCACGCAUGUUUACUUGUGGGUGUUUUUUUGUUUUUUUAUUUGCUGUCCUCAGAAUGCCAGAUAGUGCAAAUAAAUAAAAUUAAGAGUACAAAAAACUGAAAAUAAUUAAUUUGCUUAAAACCGAGACUGCAAAUAUAAAAUGUACAAUUCAGUAGAUAGAGGAUUACCACAUGAAGAACCAGUAAAGGGUAGCCAGGGGAACAGUCAGGCCAGUGAUUCUCAAGCUGUCAGAGCCGUGUACAGGGUGAGUAGGACAACCCGCUUUCAAGCGGGCUCCUUAAUGAUUGGUCAAAAGGCACUCACGUGACUACAGGGCGCCAUGUUAUGUACCAUUUUGAAGCAGCAGGUACUAAAUAAGGCGCCUGUUGUUAACUUGUCAAUAUUCUCUGUACACGGCUCUGCAAACUGUGGUACGCGGGCUUCAUCUAGUGGUAAGCCAAAAAAACACUUAAUUAAAUGUUCAAACACAGUAUUACUGUUUAAACUGUAUGCAAUGCAAUGGCCAAACAUAUUAAAUAUACUUGCUAUGUAAAACCUCUGCCUUGUUUUUAAUGGCUACUUAGGCUGCUAUGCUACCGUAUUUUAUUGUUGGUCAUUAUGGUGGUAUGUGGGUACCGAGGAUGUCGUUGU